UAUAAUUCAUAAAACGACGUCGUAUCUCUUUGAAUAUCUAAUCCAUAAAACGACGUCGUAUCUCUGAAAACCGUUUGCAAGGAGCUUUGGUGGGGCUGUGAAAUUCAAACCCAAAAAUGGAGGGAAUUUUUUUGGAGGGAAAGUAUCGGAGACUAAGCUCACAACCAGAACCAGGCGAUUUGGUGAAGAAGAAGAUCAAAGAAUUUACUCGAGCUGUAGUUAAAGAUCUCAGCAAUGGACGCUCUCCUGUCAUUUCAAUCGAUCGGUUCAGUAGCUACUGCACGAAUUCCGAUUCUAUAUGUUGCUGUAGCUCUGAUUUGCCCAAUGGGAGGGAAAUUCUUACACUUAAGAGGGAAAACCACGUGCAUAGAAUUGAUGUUCUGCUGAGGGUUCUGUUGAUUGUGCAGAAACUUUUGCAAGAAAAUAAACAUGGUUCCAAAAGAGAUAUAUAUUACAUGCACCCAGCUGUAUUUUCAGACCAGUCUGUUGUAGACCGGGCAAUCAAUGACAUAUGCAUCCUUUUGCGGUGCAGUAGACACAAUUUAAAUGUGGUGUCUGUUGGAAAUGGGUUGGUGAUGGGAUGGCUUAGAUUCUCAGAAUCUCAAAAGAUUCUUGAUUGCAUAAAUAGGCCAAGCACUGCUUACCCAAUUCCUGUUCACGUUGAAGAAGUUAAAGAUGUAGUUAGUGUUGCCCAAUACAUUCUUGUUGUGGAGAAAGAAUCAGUGUUCCAACGAUUGGCAAAUGACCAAUUCUGCAGCAAAAACCGUUGCAUUGUUAUCACGGGACGAGGUUAUCCUGAUAUUCCUACGAGAAGGUUUUUGCGUCUGCUUAUUGAUACGCUGCAUCUCCCCGCAUAUUGCUUGGUAGAUUGUGAUCCUUAUGGUUUUGACAUACUGUCAACAUAUCGAUUUGGUUCGAGGCAAAUGGCAUACGAUGCAAAAAAUUUAAGGGUCCCAGAGAUAAAAUGGCUUGGAGUUUUUCCUUCAGAUUCUAACAAGUAUUGUAUUCCAAACCAAUGUUUUCUUCCUUUGACAGCAGAAGACAAAAGGAAAACUGAAGCCAUGUUGCACAGAUGCUACCUACGAAGAGAGGUGCCGCAAUGGAGACUGGAGCUAGAGGCGAUGCUGCAAAGAGGAGUGAAGUUUGAGAUAGAAGCAUUAUCUGUGCGUGCAUUAUCCUUCUUACCAGAGGAGUACAUACCAUCUCAAAUUCAAGGUGGAUUCUACAUCUAAUCUUUUGAAAAUUCUAUGCAUUUGUCAUGUAGGAGCCUAAAUAGUUUAGUUGAUGGGCUGUUUGCAGAAGUGUUACAUUAGCAAAAUUAACGUUUUACGAUUCAAAUAACACUAUUUGGAAUCACCCAAGAGGCACGCGGCGGCUCUUGCAUGUUGUUUGCUCUCACAAAAUCUGAAGUUUUGAGUCUUUUCUUUGUAGGCACCUACUUAGUAGUCAUUAUUGCUAACAUUUGAUGAAAUGGACUUAUUUGAGUCGUGGACUCAUUUCUGCCAUUCAUUGGAAUAGUAUUGUAAAUCUCACCUUAUUUGACUCAUCUCUGCCAUUAUACAAUAUUUCAUAUUCCUCUGUUGAUAUUAAUUAGCUUUUCACUUUAGAUGGAAACAGCAAUAGUUGGCUAAGAGAAUAAACGAAAUUUUGUGUUUAUGUUCUAAAUGUAAUUUAGUGAAAGGCGAUCAGUUUUUAUUGUUUUUGAAACUAAUUCUUUGAAUUUUUUUUGUUUUCAUUAUUUUUGUAAGAGUGACUGUAUGAAGUGA